AUGAAAGCCAGGAUAUUUAAUCUUGGUAUCGGCGACAAAGACAAUGGAGUUAAUGUCGGCGUCGAUAAAGACAAGGGUGUCGAUGUUGGCGUUACAGUUGGUGGCAAGAAGAUAGGUAUUGGAGCAGGGAAAACAGGCGCGAACGUGCAAGUUCCUUUGUAAGUUUUUGGGAUUUUAUUGAAUUGAUAUCUAUGCAAAUGAUUAUCAAUUAAUGAUCUGCCCAACUCUUCUUAUCUGUCAUUCAAAAUAUUUCGCCGUUUCCUUGAUUGGGUUAAAUCUCCCAGCUAUUUCUACAAAGCUAGCUGGCCUUGAAAGAUGGGAACAAUACAUCAUCGAUACGAUUAAUAAAAAAAAAUUCAGAGAAAAGUGAGGAAUUCGCCUAAGUUAACUUCAAGUUGUUUGUUUGAGACUAAGGUCUAAUAGAAAAAAAUGGUGCAGGGCGCUAUUGGAACUACGAUUGCUUUUUACUGGGCUGCCUGUGAUACGCCAAAUCAUAAUUUCUGUUACGUCGGUCGUCUCCGUCAAAAAAAUGACCAGCGUUAAUUAUUUGAUUUUGUAACAAGUAUGCUUAAGAAUAAACGACAAAGUUUGCCUUCAAUCGCGAAUUUGUUAUCACAGAAACAGGCUAACUACUUUGAACUCACCACAGUAAGAACUAAUAACCGUGCAGGUCUGAUUACCUGAUAAGCGGAGUUUUAAGGUAACUACAUUUAAAUAAUGAUGACUGUUUUUCCUUUUAGUUGGAAGUAAAAAAGCAGUCAAGCAAGGCCACAACAAGCACAUAGCAUAGUUAAAGUAACAUAAAUGAUAGCCCACUUAUCCUGAAGUUCAGAGGCUUUUAACUAUGAACUGAAUAAAGUAGAAUUGAAAGAAAUAAAAUUGUAAGUAAUUCAAUUGCUGCAUUUUAAAAAUUGCUUGGCAAAUCAAUAAAAAAAGUUUAACAGUUAGCCAGUCUGUUUAUUUUAUGAGAUUUAUAAGGGUCACCCCGAAAACAUGGGGAUCUACGUAUCCACAUCAUAUUCCUCAACCAGCUCAAAUGACCCAUCCGUAACACCAUAAUAUUGCCAAAAAUUAAGACUGGUAGGUUUCUUAGAUUGGGUUGGGAAAGAUUAUACGCAGAGGCAGGUGAUGGAAGAGCGCUGGACGAAAAAGGCGGGAAAAUAGAAAGUGCAAGUGGCAGACGAAUCUUUCUUUGAUUUUUAAUAGUUUUUAUGAACGCAAGUGCUUCCGCCUUUGGGGCUCUACGUCACAUCGCGUGACCAUACUAAGCGUACCCUAAUUAACUCGUUGAAAACUAUUUCGCACUAGCGUUCGCUAUCAGCUAUGAUGAGAAAGUCGUCGAGAUAAACUAAUACACUUCAAAAAGCCACACCGAGUCAUCAUUCUGGGUAUGGAUUGUGUUAUCCUGUGAAACAGGUGAUUUUGAGGUAGCAAAUGGCAGUUUACAGUCGCACGUGUAAGUUGUGUGAUUCUCUCCGCUGAAUUGCCAAGCGAUUUUUAUAGCGUUGUCAUUGGAAAGGUGAAUAGGUACAAGACUAUACGCGCUCUUAAGGUCAUUCUUUGUUAGAUUUGCAUUAGGCUUGAUGAGAGUUACGUAAGAAAGAGAGAGUGCAAAUUAUCUCCGGUACGGAGUAUAGGAGAUAAUGACUUUCUACGUGUUAUUUCUUGGGCAUGUUGGUAUUAUCACCCCUUAUUGGUGUUAGUUAAUUAAAUAGCUGCAUGUUGGCCAAACCGAGCAGUUUAUCAUUGAAAGGCAAGGAGAGGAGAAAUAGUAUCUUUACUCGUUGAGAUUCCCAAGGUAGAACACAACACAUAAGAGGCGAUUCUUUUUCAAUUUACUCGUUGUCCUUUGGCCUUGUAAGUAUGCCUUGAAGGGAAUUUAACAGUCUCUAUUCUUUUCACAUUUUUAUCACAAGGACUACAAGAUGAAGCCUUAUUCUAUAAUACUUAUUGGCGCUGCAUUUUUGGUGUUCGCGUUCCCAGCUGGAAAGAGGUAAGAUAUGAAAAAUGGUUUACCGUGAAUUACAGUCCGGCGUAAAAACUUACUUAAGUCAUUUCGUAUUUGACCUGUUCAAGUAACUUUAUAUGCCGUUAGAAACUUCUAGAAAGUUUGGUCCGAUUUACUUUUAUCGGGGUCUUUUUAAAGAGCAUGUACGUAGAAUACAAGCUCGCGCAGUUUUUCCUCUUUUUAGUAUAAAAAGAGAGGUGAUCUAUUUCUAUAAUAGUUUCAAAGAAAUUUAAGUUUUUAGGUUUGAACUUAUCUGUAGUUUCAAAUAAAGCGUUUAUACACGUUUAUACUUGUUUAAGCGUCGAAUUUAGGGCUCGCCACAUUGAGAUGAAUACAAUGCAGUGCACCAUUGGGGUCUAAUUUAGCUAUCUUAGUAAGGGCAAAUACAGUCCAGUUUUCUGGAGCCGAAUUGGACUCAGGGGCUCAAAGGACUGAUCAUGAGUCCGAAAUUGAGCUUAAAAGGCUCUAGAAAAGGCUGAAUCAAAUUUUUUGUCUGCAGAACUUAAUCAGCAUUUAAAGGUUGAAACAGAUCUUUAUUAAACUUAAAAGCUUUUUAGUCGAGCUAGAAAUACUGACAAAAUGUAAAAUGUUACGUUAAUAAUUUCUUAGUCAAGACUUUGAAGAUGCUCAGCAUGUAGAAGAAGAUAUGGCUGCCCAGCCCCCUUUUAUUUAUCGUCCUUAUCGUCGUCAAGCCAUGAAAACCAGGAUAUUUAAUCUUGGUAUCGGCGACAAAGACAAUGGAGUUGAUGUCGGCGUCGAUAAAGACAAGGGUGUCGAUGUUGGCGUUACAGUUGGUGGAAAGAAGACAAGUAUUGGAGCAGGGAAAACAGGCGCGAAAAUCCAAAUUCCUUUGUAAGUUUUUGUAUUAAAUUGAUAUCUAUGCAAAUGAUUAUCAAUUAAUGGUCUGCCCAACUGUUCUUAUCUGUCAUUCCAAAUAUUUCGCCGUUUCCUUGAUUGGGUUAAAUCUCCCAGGUAUUUCUACACAGCCAGCUGCCCUUGAAAGAUGGGAACAAUGCAUCAUCGAUACGAUUAAUAAAAAAACUCAGAGAAAAGUGAGGAAUUCGCCUAAGUUAAUUUCAAUUUGUUUGUUUGAGACUAAGGUCUAAUAGCAAAAAAAGGUGGGGGGGGGGGGUUGGAACUACGAUUGCUUUUUACUGGGCUGCCUGUGAUACGCCGAAUCACCGUUAAUUAUUUGAUUUUGUAACAAGUAUCCUUUAGAAUAAACGACAAAGUUUGCCUUCAAUCGCGAAUUUGUUAUCACAGAAACAGGUUAACUACUUUGAACUUACCACAGUAAGAACUAAUAACCGUGCAGGUCUGAUUACCUGAUAAGCGGAGUUUUAACGUAACUACAUUUAAAAAAUGAUAACUGUUUUUCUUUUUAGUUGGAAGUAAAAAAACAAGUCAAGCAAGGCCAGAACAAGGACAUAAAUGAUAAAUGAUUUAUAGUCCACUUAUCCUGAAGUUCAGAGGCUCUUAACUAUGAACUAAAUAAAGUAGAAUUGAAAUAAAUAAAAAUGUAAGUAAUUCAAUUGCUGCAUUUUAAAGAUUGCUUAGCAAAUCAAUAAAAGAUGGUUAACAGUUAGCCAGUCUGUUUAUUGUAUAUCUAGGGGAGGAGAAGAGGCUGUGAGAAAGAUUUAUAAGGGGCACCCCGAAAACAUGGGGAUCAACGUAUCCAGAUCGUAUUCCUCAAUCGGCUCAAACGACCCAUCCAGAUCAUACUCAUCAACCGGAUCUAAUGACCCAUCCAGAUCAUAUUCCACAACUGGCUCAAAUGACCCAUCCAGAUCAUAUUCCACAACUGGCUCAAAUGACCCAUCCAGAUCAUAUUCCACAACUGGCUCAAAUGACCCAUCCAGAUCAUAUUCCACAACCGGCUCAAAUGAUCCAUCCAGAUCAUAUUCCACAACUGGCUCAAAUGACCCAUCCAGACCAUAUUCCUCAACCGGCUCAAAUGACCCAUGCGGAACACCAAAAUACUGCCAAAAAUUAAGACUGGCAGGUUUCUUAGACCGCGUUGGGCAAGAUUAUAUGCAGAGGCAGGCGCAGGAAGAGCGCGGAACGAAGGCGGGAAAAUAG